CCUUCCAUCAUCCAAAGCAGCCUCAUUUGUGGAAUAAAACAAUAAAAACUUUCAAUAAAAUUACAUUCAUCCAAGUUUUUUCCCAUUCCUCUCACUUCCUAAUCCUCGCCCAAAUCGUCCUUAUUUACAACCCCUAGACGAUCAUGGGCGGCUGUGCUAGCAGACCUAGGGACUUGGACAUCAACGAGCCUGUGCCCGCUGAGGCUCCUGCCGUUGAUAAGCCCGAGUCUGACCCCGUUGCACAGGAAAAUAAUGGAGGUGAAGAGACAAAAACAGAAGAGCCCUUAGUAAGUCUCUCUGAAACCACAGAAGAAGCAAAAGAGUCCUCAGAAUCAACACAAGCCAGGGAGCUUAUCACAGAGGUAGCAGAAACCAAGGCCGAGGAGAAGAUCGCGGCUGAGGAGAAGGUUGAGGCUGAGGCUGAGGCCAAGGAGCAGACCGAGGCUAAGGUUGAGGCUGCUCCGGCUGAAGCUGAGGCUGCCCCAACUGAAGCCGCCGAGGCUGCUCCAGCUGAGGUUGCUAACACCUCUGAGAUAGAGAAGAUCCCUGAGCCAGUAGAAGAAGCCAAGGUAGUUGAGGCUCAACCCUCAGAAGAAAAAAGCGAUGCACCUCUCGUUACAACUGAACAUUGACCAUUAUAGAACAUUAUACUUAAGUGCACAGAUAUAUAAUACCUGAGUAAAAAUUCUUUUUUGUAAUUGGUACAGCAUUUAGUGAGUGUUUGCAUCUAAACCAAAUAAAAUGUCUUUUUUCCA